CUCCACCAAUGGGUUACAAAAUACCCCGUGCAAGCGAUAAAAAACUCUGGGUUAAUAAAAUAUAUUUCUACUUACGUGAAACAAUUGUAUGAACUCACGAUGCACGUGAUGAUACCUCGCAUCGGACUCGUUGUUCAGCCAAAUGAUAAUUUGGACUGGCUAUUGUUGGCGCGGAUAUCGAGUCGAGUUACCGUGGCAUUGACCCAGUUAAUUUUACCCCGCGAUGCAGUAAUAGCCUUUCCGUGUCAACCCAGAAAAGCUCGCAGCAGUGGUCGUGCAACGAUGAGGAGAAAUGGAUCAGCAUGAGAGGGAUUUGAUUGAAGAAAUGAGGGAAAAGAGAAUUCUCCAUUGGAAUUUUCGGGGUAUAACGAAUCUUCCGAUUGCGUUGAGAGACUGGGGAAGUGAAGUUGAGGAGUUGUACUUGAAGGAGAAUCAGAUAACUGUGAUACCUAGUUGGAUUUAUCAAUUGACAAAUUUAACGAAUUUGUAUUUGUCUGGGAAUAAGUUGAAACAUUUGCCUGAGGAGUUUGGGAUAAUGGGACGAUUGAAAGUCCUGGACUUGAGUGAUAAUGACUUGAGGAUUGUCCCUGAGGGGGUGACGAGAUUGAAGACUCUGAGGGAAUUGAUUCUUGAUGACAAUUCGUUGAGUCAACUGCCUUUAGAUAUCGAGAAUUUCGACGAGUUGGAGAAACUCUCGUUGUGUGGGAAUAAUUUUGUUACCCUCCCAGAGUGGCUGGGGUCAUUGAACAAACUUCAGAAUUUGUUGGUAGAUAAUAAUUGCCUGGAGGAAUUACCGAAUCGUUUGACGCUGGCUCCGUCACUCGAACUCGUUUCUGUUUGUUCAAACAGAUUGAAACACUUACCCCUGAACUCCUUCAUGUCUCCCACGAUGAUCUACUUCAAUUGCAAUCCAAACAUGAACUACAUCAGCUACCCCCUUCUCUGUCAAUUCCUGGAGAUGGGAUGGGACGAUGGGAAAAGUUGUUUUUCCGCGAAUUUAAAUGUCACGGAGAUGAGGCCCAAUCAUAGAAUUCGACUACACGUCGAUUUGAGUUCAGAGAAGGAGAACUCCAAUGGGACUGCAAUCGUUAGAUUACCAAGACAAUUAAUCAGAGUCUUUAGUGUGGAGAAUAAAGAGCCAGUGUCGUUGUGGGAAUUGUCGUUGAGAACAUUGUUCGAAAAUAAUUAUGAAAUCUAUCUCAACAGCUCGAUCUGCCCUGAACCCGCCAUCUUCCACAAUGUGUUAUUCAACGGUCCAAUAAGCAUCUGCUUAAGCAAUCAGUGCCACCAGCCAAUCUUCACAGAAGCCUGGGUGACUGUCGGCACCAGUGAGGAGGUGGCCCUCCUCAUAGUUCUCCUCUUCUGCUCUCAAAAGUGCGCCCAAACCUUCGACUUUGUCUCACAUGGGAUCAAAGUCCUCACCUGGCGUUGUUAAUUAAGAUCAAAUAAAAUGAGAAAAUUAUCCUCGUUGACAUAAACUGAUGUAUUCCAGAAAUCAAGAGAAAUUAUAUUUUCUUAGAGAAUAUUUUCAUUAAUUUAAGAACAAAACAAAUUGUUAUAAAUGUCUAGAUCGUUGAUUUUUAGAUGUUUAGGAAUUUAUUUAUAUACAAGAUUGUCACCAAAAUGUACAAAUGCAAAGCGAUGUUAUCGUAUUAGCCUUUGAGACUAAUCAACUUAUGUAUUUAUUGAAAUUGUUGAGGAAAUCAUUGUCCUUCCAUGUUCAAGCGAAUUCAAUAAAUUAUAGCAAACUCGA